CCCAUCAGUGUGAGUCCAUGUUUUCUCCAUCCUCUCUGUGACACACACACAGAGGCUUGUGUGUGCAGGCUGCAGGUUCAACCGUACUCAUAGGCUGAACAUGGCCACUGGUCGGACCCGGUAGGCUGCGACACCAUAGCAACUCCCCUUGACCCCUCCCUCCCUCAGCAUUCGCAGCAUCACCCUUUACACUGCACAGUCAUAUUUGGUCCUCCGGAAGCCUCCGCAGCUCGGGUAAGCCAGUCCCUGUGUACGCAGCGAGGGUGGAGUACAGUUCAGAAAUACAGUUUUUAAAACGGGAUCGAAAGCGUCCUGCCCCGGCGCUGGCAGCAGCAGGGGCCGGAAAGAAAUGACAGCGCGCCGGGGGAAAGUUUGUACCCGUUGCCGCCGGGUUGCGCUCUCGGUGCCUCGGACCCUCGGCUCUAAAAUGGCUGGCUGUGGGUUCGAGGAAGCUGCGGUGGCUGAGGGGGGAAAGCGUCGCUCCACACUUCGCGGUUAUCUGCAAUCAAACACGUUUCUCCUCCUCUGAAGCGUUUAGAGAUGUCCCAGGUCCGAGAGCUGUCAGGGCGCACACGCACCACGGUCACACUGGCGUUUCGGACCUAGGACUGUGCGUAAUGGCGUCCUCCUGCUCGGACAGUGCUGCACGGGUUGAUCCCCCCCAGCCUAAAGGAAAGGACAGAAAUGUAAACGGAACACGAAAUAUAUUUUAACAUGACGCGUUUUGUUGUGAGGAUCGCAUGUGGAUCGCGGUAGAAGUGCGAGAGAGGAAAUGUCGUUUCGCUCGCAUCACUCGGACCCUCCUGCGCUCCGGUGCGUUUCUGUGGAUCGAUCGGUCAAAUAUAGCCGAGCAGUAAUUUUGGAUCAUGCAGGGUAACAGCACAAUUACCAGGAGCGUCUCGUGUUGAAGAGGAAGAGGAGGAGGAGGAGGAGGGAGGUGUCAUAAAUAGAAAUAGGUAUGCCCCAAAAUGGAUUCUCAGUUGGCUUCAGUCCUGACCAGUGGCAGCCUGGAUGCCCAAAAUGGCAGCCGGUGUGCAGGGGGACCAGAGGCAGUGACAGGCGGCUGUUUGGACUCAGAGGACAAAACCUCCCUCAGUACUGUACCAGGUAACCUCCAGCCAUGCCCCGUCACAGCAGCAGUGACCAUCAUCACACAGGAUGCUCCUCCAGUCAAUGGGAGAAAGCCAGAGGGGGGCGGGAACUCCAAGCCAGCCUCUCAGGAAACAAGUAAGAUUGGUGGGCUCAGGCGGCCAAUUACAGUCAAGACCGGAGUGCCUGCUCUGCGGAGCCAGCCAAUCAGGAUCAAAAUUGUCGUCCCCCCACGGUGCGAGAGGCCAAUCACGAACUCUGCCAUCAGCCAGACCAAAGACUUUGCUCACACACGCUUCAGGAGGCCUGGUUUGGUCUCAACAGGAGCAGGGAGACACAGAGACAAAAUCCAGAUGCCUGCUGUCAAACAUGGAGCUGGACUCAAGGAAGUUGUUUGUCAAAAGGUAGAGGAUCAUGAGGAAGAAUCAUUCCAGGAGACAGAGAUGGACAGAGGGGAUACAAUGUGCAGAGAGGGAGAUGUUUUGGAUGUGCCAGAAACUCUAACAGAUAAAACACACAUUUGGAAGAUGAUUAAAGAGGAAACUACAGAGGGAGAAAUUGAGACAAAUAUUUUGCAAGAAAUGCACUUGGAGACGUUCGGUGAGGUUGAAAUUGAGGAACAGAUGGAACCACUGGACCUGAGUUUACCCAAGAACAAAGAGGGUCUGCAGAGGAGGUGUGGACACUGUGUGGAUGAUUCUGGCUGUGAGACCUCACUGAUCAUGGAGGUAGAUGAGUAUGAGGGAGAUGGAGACAGAGACAUAGUAGAAGAGGACGAUAACCAUGAACAUGGCACAGAUACACUUGAAGACUCUCUUCUGUCUCCCUCCUUCUUUUCUACCUCUGUCUUUACCUCCCUCCCCUCGAUAGACUGUGACACUGACGACCUUCUUCUCAUAGACGACCAGGGAAUCCCGUAUACUCUCAGUCCGGAGGGAGUCAAACUGCCGCAGGUCGAUGCGUCCACGUCCGAGGAUCCUCGCUCGGAUCAGGCUCGUUCAGCACAGGUGGAAGGAAAGGAGUCGUCGGAGUUAGCAGAACCGAGCCUCAGCCAAAGUUUAGAUAAUGCACUUUCUGAUAUGACCCCUGAUACCGAGUCACCAUCACUUGGUGCUGAUCUGACAAAAGCUCCAGACGCCCUCACGAGUUUGAUUAUGAACUCAGAUCCCUCAAAGGCCUCAGAGUCAAACAUUAAAGUUGUCCAGGAGGCCAAUGCUGCUCUGUCCCCUCCUACUGGGAUUUCAGUCCCCAGUCAGCCUAUCCAGAUCCUCACUAACCCUUCAACUAAUGCUCCCAUUCUCCUCCUAUCAUCUUCCUCUUCCUCUCCUCAGCUCUCCUCCGCUCCGGUGGGUCUCUCGCUUCCCCUCUCUGUCGCUCAGACCUCACCCGGUGCUUCCACCCCCAUGUUCCUUCUCCUCUCCUCUGUGCCCUCCUCCUCUGGUGACACUACUUCCACCCCAUUCGCUGUCCUUGACCCUUCGACAGGUCAGCUGUCUCAGAUCACUGCAGCAUCAGCACCGGUUUCCCUCCCGUUGUCCUGUGGUCAGGUCAGCGCACUGGGGUCCCCUCUGCCCACGUUGUCUCACCCUGUCAUCAGACUGGGCGCCAGUGACCCUCCAGUCGUCCUGUCAGGAGUACAUAAUGUAAACUCUGGGUCCGCCCUUUCUGUCUCUUUGUCCACUCCUGCACUCCAGAGUGACCACAACAGCACGGCCCCCACUCUCCACACUCAGAACACCUCCGCUGACUCAAACCCUGGAAGUGAAGCCAUAUCUGCCGAAGGAGUCUCAAAUGAAAACAACAAGCCAUCAACUUUUGCAGAAUCGUCUCCUCACUUACCGUCUGCCAAUAUGACCUUUGACCCCUCAGCUCAGCCCAGCUCUGAGGCAGAAGCUCAAUCACCAGCCUCGGAGUCCAGAUUUGACCCCUGCGACCUGCACUCAGAACAUUUACCUCUGGACGACCACCUUUACUUCUCCAACAUGGCCGCUCCUCCUUCCCCGCCCAUCGGACCCAUACUCCCCAUGGAUAAACUUGACCCGCUGGAUCCUCUCUCUCCAGCGGCGUCGCCCAACACUUUGGCCGCCCGCAGGGUUCUGUACUGCCAGCUGUGCCCGCGGGUCUUCUUUUACCUCUCUGACCUCGAGCGCCACGCCAUCACGCACUCGCAGAAGAAGCCUCAUGUUUGCCAGCAGUGCGGCAAAGCCUUCAAACGCUCCAGCCAUCUGCAGAGACACAAGCACAUCCACACAGGCCAGAGGAACUUUGUGUGCCCCAUCUGUGCCAAACGCUUCAGGGAGGCUGGCGAGCUCCAGCGCCACCAACGGGUCCACACUGGAGAGAAACCCUACCAGUGCCAACUUUGCCACACGCGCUUCGCCGAGCGCAACACGCUGCGCCGACACACAAAGCGCAAACACCCUUACCACCAAGUGGCCAUGGAGAUGCUGAAUGAGAGAAAAGACAGGGGUGGAGGCGGAGGCGGUGGUGGCGUGUCGGGAGUGCAGGAGGAAGAGGAGAGCGCAGAGUGGUACAGCUCCACGGUGUCUAACUUGGAGAACUCAGAGUCUGAAAUGGAAAGUUAAAGACACUAAACUUUCCUCAUCUAUUUUCUUUCAAAGACAGAAGCACUAACAAUAUUUAUUUCAACAUUUAUAAUAGUGAUUUAUUUAUAUGAAUGUAUAUUAUUCCCAUUCCAUUUAAUGGGCCAAAACAGCAGCUUUUAAAGUCAUACAUGAUUUUGAAUUCACUUUCCCAGAUGAAAAAAGUUGCAUAGAUAAAAAAGGGAAAGUUCAUGCUUGAAAUCAUAGUUUUUAUGCGAGUUAAAAAGAUGAAUUAGUUUGCUAACCUGCCCCCUUGACGUUGCAUUCCCAUACAAUCCACAAUGAAACCCUGAAGUGCUCAGAGAAGAAGGGUAACUUAUUUAUCUGCUCUACGUGUAAAUACAGUAUAAAGAGAUCUAUUUGUAAGAGCUGCACUAUCUUAUGUAAGAGAUGUAAUCUAUCUUUCUUACCGUCAGAGACACUGUGAGUCAUUUGCACUUGAUUUAUUUCAACUCAGCAUCCACUUGUUUCGUUUUUUACAUUGUGGAUGAAGAUGCCUAUUCUUGUGUUGAUGUAUUUAAUCCAUAUCAUGUAAGAGUCUGACCAAAUUAUUUCAACAUAA